AUGGCGGCGGCGGUGGGGCGGGACACUCUACCUGAGCACUGGUCCUACGGUGUCUGCAGGGACGGGCGAGUCUUCUUCAUCGACGACCUGACCCGCACCACCACUUGGCUGCAUCCUCGAACCGGGGAGCCCGUCAACUCCGGCCACAUGAUCCGCUCAGACUUGCCCCGCGGCUGGGAGGAGGGAUUCUCGGAGGAGGGCGCCAGCUACUUCAUCGACCAUAAUCAGCAGACCACGUCAUUUAGACAUCCUGUGACAGGACAGGUUUCUCCAGAAAAUAUUGAAUUUAUUUUGCGAGAAGAACAGAAUUCAUCUAUGUCCAAGCAACAAAUAAACCAAAGACCUUCAAGCAUGGUCAGUGAAACAUCCACUGCAGUCACUACAUCUGCUGUCGAUACAAAACCUGGCUCUAAGGUUGUGAAGUCUGGAAACAAAGUUCAUAGCUUUGGAAAGAGGGAGCAAGCUAUCAGGAGGAAUCCCAAUGUCCCUGUUAUAGUAAGAGGCUGGCUGCACAAACAGGAUAGCUCUGGAAUGCGAUUAUGGAAAAGACGAUGGUUUGUGCUUGCUGAUUAUUGUUUGUUUUAUUACAAAGACAGCAGAGAGGAAUCAGUUCUGGGUAGCAUACCAUUGCCUAGUUAUGUAAUCUCUCCAGUUGGCCCUGAAGAUCGCAUAAAUCGCAAAUUCUCUUUUAAGGCUGUUCAUACAGGUAUGCGGGCAUAUAUUUAUAAUAAGAAUUCUGUUAUUGGCUCUCAGGCAGAGCAUUCAGGGAUGCGGACGUACUACUUCAGUGCAGAUACCCAGGAGGAUAUGAACGCCUGGAUCCGGGCUAUGAAUCAAGCUGCUCUUAUGCAAACACGUUCCUCACUCAAGAGGGAAACUGAAAAAGUGGAUCAGCAAGCUGUUCCCCAAGUCAAUCAUGUGGAUACCUGUAAAGAGUGUGUGAAGACAGAGAUUACAGAUACAAAAGAAAGUUAUCAAAAAUCAGCUGCAAUGCUUGGAUAUGAUAAGCGUGAAGAGAUAAGAAGAGAAAAAGAGGAUGAAGACCAUUAUAUCCACAGAAAAGGAACUCUGGAAACUAAGAAGGGAAAGGCUAAGCAUGCCUUAACAGAAGCUGAUUCAUUAUUUCCAGACUUAAAUGCAUCAAAGUCCCAAGUAGCUCAGCCUCAGCCAGCUGAGAAAAAUGGAACGCUUCCUAGUUCAUUAAGUGUGAGUGCUGGGCUAGUGGAGCAGAAUGGUACCAGCUCAUAUAAAAGAGGGUUUGUUCCCAGAACAAAUCCAGAUAAACAGAUUCAAAGAAAAAGUAACAUGGCUCAAGUGGAGCACUGGGUAAAAGUCCAAAAAGGAGACACAAAAAGCCUCACUUCUGAUCAGACUCUUACACGUCAGGGUCCCAAUCCACCUUUUCCUGAAACCUAUCACACUUUGCCAAAGAAUACCAGGCAGCCUUCAGGGAGCUCACCACCACCAAACCGCAAUUUGCCGAGUGACUACAAAUAUGCACAAGAUCGUGUUAGCCAUUUGAAGAUGUCCCAGGAGGAAAGGAAAGCAAAUAAGGAUGGAACUGUUUGGCAGCUAUAUGAGUGGCAGCAGCGACAGCAAUUUAAGCAUGGCAGCCCCACUGCCCCACUUUAUGUAGGUUCUUCAGACUUUAUUGAUCGUGGUAAGUCAAAAAGUUCAUUAGAUGUUCCACGAUCAAUAUCUGUUCCACCCUCUCCAUCUGAUAUUCCUCCACCUGGACCUCCAAAAAGCUUUCUCCCAAGGAGACCACAUACUCCUGCAGAAAGGCUUACAGUUAAACCAUCUGAUGAGAGACAAACUGUAGAUGUUCCUUUUGCUGGCUCACCCAGGAAGAUACGAAAUCCUGCUGUAAAGAGCUCAAGUCACAUUGAUCGACGCUCUAUGCCUGCUAUGGGCUACAUGACACAUACUGUGAGUGCACCCAGCUUGCAUGGCAAGUCGGCGGAUGACACUUACAUCCAAUUGAAAAAGGAUUUGGAGUAUUUGGAUCUAAAGGUGACAGGGCGGGACAUGUUGAAAGAGCGAAGUACAAAACCUGUCAAGAUUGCAGAAAGUGAUAUUGAUGUCAAGCUAAGUGUUUUCUGUGAGCAGGACAGAAUCCUGCAGGACUUGGAGGACAAAAUAAGAGCCCUUAAGGAAAAUAAAGAUCAGCUGGAGUCUGUUUUGGAGGUUCUACACAGGCAGAUGGAACAGUACAAAGACCAACCACAACAUGCAGAAAAAAUUUCUUGCCAGCAGAGACUUUUGCAAGAGGAUCUCAUACAUAUUCGGGCUGAAAUAUCCAAAGUUUCAACGGAAAUAGAAAAUGCCUGGAAUGAAUAUCUGAAAUUAGAAAAGGAUGUGACCCAGCUGAAAAAAGCCUUACAAGAACAGAUGAAUAGUUCAUUGAUAACUCAGGAGAAAACACAAAUACAGAAAGACCUGUGGAGAAUUGAAGAUGUUACAGCUGGCUUGAGCGCAAAUAAAACAAACUACAAAACCAUAGUAGACUCUAUCAAGAAUCCAGAGAGAAAAAUAGUGCCUUCCUUUUCCCAAUCUUCAGUGCCUUCCUUACCAGCUUCCCUUUCAACUGCAGAGAGCAAACUUUCAGUUCUUCAGAGCCCUCCAGCCAGCCCAGUUAAAUCCCCUCUGGAGGUUAGGCUGUAUCCACAGCCUUAUUUCCAGGCCAGAGCACAGCACCAAGCACAGCAGAUGAAAAAGAUCGAGCCACCUCUUCAGUCACCAAUGAAGCUCAAGCCAAAGGUUCAGGAAGAUGAAGCACCACCCAGACCUCCUCUGCCUCAGUUGUACAGUCCUGAUGAUCAUCCACCAGCUGUUCCACCUCUCCCGAGAGAAGCCACUGUCAUCAGACACACAUCAGUGCGGGGCCUGAAGCGUCAGUCAGAUGAACGAAAGAGAGACAGAGAGCUCGGACAGUAUGUAAACGGAGACUAUAGGGUGGAACUGCGUUCAUACAUGAGUGAACCAGAGCUAGCAAUGAUAGGUGGUGACCUCAGCCAACCUUCCAGGGGUUUAAUAAGCUCUGAGAGUGGAUACCAGACAUUACCUACCCGUGGUCUAUCUGGAUCGACUUCCAGAUUGCACCAGUCAUCUACCAUUUCAUCAUAUGCAACGUUUCGAAGGGAUAGGUCCAAGGUAAGCUUUAAAUGAACAUCUGAAGGCAAACCAAAGAGUGCCUUGGAACGUCUAUAUUCCGGAGACCACCAAAGAGGCAAGAUGAGCGCAGAGGAACAGCUAGAAAGAAUGAAGCGACAUCAGAAGGCAUUAGUUCGUGAACGCAAGAGAACUCUUAGCCAAGGAGAAAGGCAACCUGUUUCAUCUCGGUCUUUCAUCAGGCCCAUUUCUGCAGACGUAGGCUCAGUAUGUUAG